AUGGCCCAUUUUUGUUUUAGAUUUCUCUGUCUUAUUCUUCUUGUUUUGGGUCGAUUUAGUUUUGGGUAUGGAGGGGAUACCGGGUGGGGAUUUAACAAUGAGGAAUCCUGCCGGUAUUGGCGGGGGUGUGGAAGCUUCUUUGGGUGGCCGGUUGACAAGGGUUCGGCCGGAGGUGGUGGUGGGGGCGGUGGUGGAGGGCAUUCAGGAGGUGGGGUUGGGUCUGGCUUUGGUGAGGGUUAUGGAGCUGGGUUUGGUGUAGGUAGUCAUGGUGGUAGUGGUGGUGGCGGUGGGGGAGGGUAUGGUGGAGGUGGGUCUGAAGAAGGGUCUGGUCAUGGUGGCGGCGGUGGUGGUGGGGGCAAUUCUGUUCGGGGAGGGGAGGCGUAUGGACAUGGAAGUGGGUUUGGGGGAGGUGGUGGUAUUGGUGGCGGUGGAGCUGGAGGGGGAGGCGGCGGCGGUAGUGGAGGUACAAAUGGAGGAAAUGGUUACGGUAGUGGAUUUGGCGGUGGCGUAGGUACUGGAGGAAGCGGCAGUGGCGGCGGCGGCGGCGGAGGAGGAGGAGGAGGAGAAAGUGGUCCAAAUGGAGGAUAUGGGAAAGGGGAGGGCGGUGGUUUUGGAGGCGGUGAAGGGUUUACAAAUAGCGUUGGCGGCGGCGGUGGGAAGGGCGGACAAGGCAUGGGGAUGGGAUUCGGGAUGGGGUUCGGGAUGGGCGUUGGGUUUGGAAUGGGAAACACCAACAAUGGAGCCGAUGAGUCCAACGGUCAUGCUCAAGCCAAAACCACCAAUACCAAUGCCAAUCCUUAG